AUGCUGCACUCCGAAAUUUUGAGAUUUGUUAAAGGCACACUUGGCCAAGGUUUGCUCUUCCCUUCUUCCAGUAAUCUUAAGUUGAAAGCUUUUUGUGACUCUGAUUGGGCAGGAUGUCCUACCACCAGGCGGUCUGUCACAGGAUACUGUAUUUUUCUGGGUAACUCUCUAGUUUCAUGGAAAUCCAAGAAACAAACUAAUGUGUCACGAUCAUCUGCAGAGGCCGAAUAUCGCGCUAUGGCUACAACUUGUUUGGAAUUAACUUGGUUGCGUUAUAUUCUACAAGAUUUGCAGGUGUCACAAGAUGAGCCUGCACCAUUACACUGCGACAAUCAGGCUGCAUUAUACAUUGCCGCGAACCCUGUGUUUCAUGAACGAACAAAGUAUAUUGAGAUUGAUUGUCACAUAGUUUGUGAAAAAUUACUAGCUGGCAUAAUUUCUACUUCACAUGUUCCUUCACGUGCUCAACUAGCUGAUAUUUUUACGAAGGCAUUGGGAAGAAAUAACUUCCAGUUAAUGAGCAGCAAGUUGGGACUUCACAACAUUCAUUCUCCAACUUGA